CAUGCUCGCUGCACGCCUACAACUGGAGUCAGAUUUGCGACGCCCCAUCCUUUGAGCUUGGGUAUUCAGUCUGGUAUUUAGCAUCUGCAUGGCCCUGGCUAUUUUGCACUACACUGCACUACAUCACACUAUCCUCUGCGUCUCCCAAGCACUCCUGGUCUCCACUGCCCUUACCCAGCGGGACCGGACAUUGGCCCAUAACCCAGUGACGACCGUUGUUGAUAUCUGUCGCCGAACCCCCAGUAUUGUCUGGCUUGAAUGGAGCUGUAUCGACUGUCUACCUGACUCGAUUCACCUCAACUAGACGUCAAAUAGCUUGUUUUCACGACUCAACACUCUCAGGCGAACCUUGGAGGCCAGUCAUAUUAUCGACUCUUCCUCGCUCCGAGUCCAAUCAACUAUAAGCUUCAAUAUUCCCCUGGCUCAUCUACUUGGUCUCUGGUAUUAUCCCUCAAAAACCACCACCACAGCGUAAAGCUCUCCCCCAGCCCCAGCCAAAUCUCCUCCCGAUCCACUAGGCAAUACUUGGACCGCCUGCAUUAACACGGCACGCCCUGUUAAGACUUAAGCACUCAGCUCCCACACAAUCCGGCUUCUGGAUUCUCAGCUUCACCCGUCUUUUUAUAUCCCACCGUCAGACACUCUACACCGUCACCUUUUUGUAUACAGACAAUCGCACAACUUCUUCAGCUCUUCAACAAUAUAGACACUCUUCGAUUGUCAGAUCAGAACUUAUACGUCACCUUAUAAUCGCUGAUUUAUUUACAAUUGGAUCUCACCGCCGCCUCUUAUACCCUAAUCCAAGGCCUUUGUCUAACGUCGACCUUUCAUUCCUUCAACAAGUUUAGACAACAUCUUUUGCAUCGGAUCUUCAAGUCUUCCCCAGCGAGCGUCUGAAAUUAUUAUGCUGUGACAAGUUAACAUCUUGACAACAACUAUUUCCGCUUUAUCUCUGCAUCACUACACAAGCAUUGCCUCGGAGGCACGUCCAAGUUUUAACAAAAUCAUGGAACUUAUGGAGCUAGUCGAGAACGAGCCCACUGCUCGUCCCUUCCAGUGUGACUGGCAAUCGUGCACAAAGAGCUUUAACCGAAAGUCCGAUCUACAGAGGCAUUAUCGUAUACAUACUAAUGAAAGACCAUACGCUUGCUCUAUUCCUGGCUGUGGGAAGAGCUUCAUCCAACGGAGCGCUCUGACUGUUCAUAUUCGGACACACACAGGAGAGAAGCCUCAUCAAUGCCAGCACAUCGGUUGUGGGAAACGUUUCUCGGAUUCAUCAAGUCUGGCUCGUCAUCGACGAAUUCACACUGGAAAGCGCCCGUAUAAAUGCGCUCACGAUGGAUGCUCCAAGAGCUUUUGCCGCAAAACAACCAUGGUCAAGCACCAGCGGAGAUCCCACCAGCAAGGAAUGAACCCUAACGACAUCGACGACUGCUCCUCGGAUUCUGACGAUGACGAGUCUCCCUCCACUCCUCAGCACUCCUCGAUGACUUGGUCACCUCAUGAGAUGGUUUCCAUGAACCAGGGUGCCCCUAGCGGGCCCUUACAUCGUGCCUCCUCUUACGCUGAUUUUGAAUCCCAAGUCCAUGGCCACCACAUGCCCCAACAUUACGGCAGCCGGCAAGGGAUUCCCGCCAGUGUCCCUCAUGAGUACCACGGUACUCCCGUGCCCGAACAACACGCACACGUUCAGCUAGUCCAUCGAGCAGCAACCAUGCCAAGACAGGCUUACUAUGUCACCGAGGCAGGGAACCCAGGUGUUGCUACCAUGACAAGCACUGUACCGCCUCAUUACCAGCUAUCGCAGCAAGUGGAACGACCUCCCAUGGAGCUUCCAUAUUCGGCACCCGGAAUUGCGACGUCGAUUCAAAGCAGUCCAAGCACCUUUUCUGCUACAUCAGUCCCCAGCCCUAUGAUUCCCGAGGGCUUUUACGUACACCAACCUGGAAGCCAGCCAGCAUACACAACAGCCGAAUCUCAACCAGCAAUGAUUCAAUACCAGCAACCUAUUCAACAUCAUAUGGCUCAGCCACAGCAGCCAGUGGUAUCCCAAGCGCAGCAUAUUCCCUCAACGGCCGGACACUACGCUCCACCGUCAGCCCACCCACCGCAAGAGCAGUGGCCACACUAUGACCCGCCGAUCGAAGUUACAACCAUCGGACAGUUACCUGCAUACGGAACUGCAGUUUAUGAUAUUUACGGGCCAAAGAUUGAGUUUGAAGAUCCUUCAUUGCAACUACCCAGCAGCAGACUGGCGAGCAUGUGAUGGAUGACUGCUUGAAUCACGCUAUGUUUUACGAACGUCAUAUUCAACACGUUAAGAUGUUAACCCUUUCCGUUUACGAUAAUCACUUGUAACAUCACGAUCAUACCAAGGCUGGACCACACAACGAUCUCUGUUUCAUGAAUUUAAUUAUUAUUCUUGAAGAGGAUAUACCCAUCGAGACAUUAUUGGAGGAAACGUGCUGUUCUAUUGCAUCCACGAGCAUUUCUCUGGAACACAUGAAAGAUGUCAUCCGCGAUUCGAAAAGCAUGUCAUUGGGCGUUUCUGUCUUGCUUCUUGCCAUAAAUGGAUUUAUGAGAGCAAUCUACCUUUUGCAGCCAUCAUUCCAGCUUAACAUACAUGAUAUUGGAUGGUUGGUAUUACAGCACCCUGUGUCAUCAACCCUUGAUAGCUUGGAUUAUACUAAUGACACGAUGUUUUUGAGCCUUUUGUCUACUCUUGUUGGCAUUCACUUUCUUUUUUUUUUACCAUUAAACAGCACCUAUACCCUUUGAGAGAAAUGUGUCGAUGUUGGAUUGGACAGAUAAUUAGUAGGGGGAGGCCAUUGGGGAUAGCAUUUUUGAGAAGGCAUAAAGGGGUUUCAUGGACAUUGAAGAGGACAAGAAGGUUUUUACUGGGACUUUUGGGAGGCGAUAGGGGCCAUGGGAGAAAAUGAGGAUACCCACGCAUGACAGAUGUGGAGAAAGUAAACGAAACUCCUUAUUCACAUCUAAUAUACCCACAUAGAUAUCCAUCCAUGAGAUCUAAGAAACCUAGAAACUGCCCUAUCCUUAACGAGAAAGAAAGAUAUGAGAUGUUGGGUGAAGGAUCUGGAAUAAUAGGUCCUAUCAUAAGGUACCUUGAUCAAAGAG